GUCUAUAGGCUGACAUAUGCACAUUUCAGCUACUCUGUGAGGCAGGCCAGUCUGCAGUGGAUAUCAUGGGCCAUUUUCUAGCAUGGUCCUUGCUCCUCCUUGGUCUUCUCAUGGGACCGGAGCCUUCCACAGAGGAUGCGGCACCGCUGGUGGUAACUGGGACCUUAGGGGAGUCUGUCAUUCUGCCUGUGAAGUUGUUGUCUGGACAGCAGGUGGAAAGUGUCUCCUGGACAUCCCGUUCGGAGCGCAGGGCAUUUGCCUCCAUCACUGUGACAGAAACUGGAGGGCCAGACACCUUGUACCAGGCGGAAACUCAGUACCGGGGUCGCGUGAGUGUGGUGGGCCCUUACCACUCUCUGAGGAUCAGCAACCUGAGCCUGGAGGAUGCAGGACCCUACCGGGCCCACAUCAACCUACGGCACUCUCUGAUCACCCACACCCAGAAGUACCACCUGCAAGUCUGGGAGAGACUGACCCAGCCCCGAGUCACACUGAGCUCCAGGACCGGGGAGAACGGACACUGCGUUUUCAUCCUGACGUGUGUGGCGGAAAGCAGAGGAGGCAUGGUGACCUACAGCUGGAUGCCCCUGGGUCCCCGGACUGUGGUGUCCCAUAGAGGGUCCGUCCUCAGUGUCGCUGUGCAGCCUGGGGACGAGCCUCAGGCCUUUACCUGUACUGUCAAGAAUCCCGUCAGUAACAGCAGCUCCCGCCUCAUCUCAGUGCCGCACUUCUGCACAGGAUCAGGCACCCUACGAGAGGACACAGAUGGGGAGACUGUGAUCGGAGCCCUUGGGGAGUUGGCCAUUCUUCCCCUGGAGGUCUCAGCAGAGAAGGAUGUGGAAAGCGUUACUUGGAGCUCCAAAGGGCUUGUUGCUGUUUUGCAACCAGGCCCAGGAAAGCAACCAGUCCUGGUUUCCGAGAUGAAGGGACCCUACAGUGGCCGACUGAGCUCUCUCCACCACGGCUAUUCACUUCAGAUCAGCUCCUUGGGGCUGCAGGACUCGGGCCCCUAUAGAGCCUGGAUAGCCCUUCGAAAUUCCCCUGCCAACAUCACUAAGGACUUUACCCUGCGUGUCUAUGAGAGGCUGAAGAAGCCCAACAUCACCGCCAGCUCCCAGAUCGUGAGGAGCAGCACUUGCUUCCUCACCUUGCUCUGCUCCCUGGAGGGGGCCGGAGAGGAUGCUCAGUACAGCUGGGAUCCCCGCGGCCCGGGCUCCGUUGUGUCCCAUGGUGGAACCACUCUCAGCACCUCUUGGAGACCUGGAGACAAGGACAGCUACCACUGCGUGGUCAACAACCCUGUCAGUGAGAACUCCAGCUCCAUCUCCAUCAGACCCCUCUGCUCAGCCUCCUUCCAGCCCUGUUCUCUGAGGAAAGAAUUUCUUUUCCUUUUUAUCUUGGGAGUGUUGACGAUUGCACAGAGCUGAGCUUGACCUUGGAGAAGACAAGACAAGGAACAUAAGCAGUCACUCUGGAGAUGCAGAAAUGAAGGACUCUGCCCAGGGAGCCAAGCAGAUGCCAGUCCCACUUGGUGUGUGUGUGUGAGAGAGAGGGACAUUCGUUCUGACUGGGGCAACUUAUCAAGAAACUUCUAUGGCUCACAUGUUUAAAAUCAUCUGUUUAUUUUUGUGU